CCACACUCCACCGCGCUGGCCGACGCGGCGCACGCCUACGUCCGCGCCGUUCGAAUUUCAAAAUCAAAACGUCAAAGCAUUCGUUUAUUUUUAAUUAUUGAGGAAUGUGAUCGGUGAACGUUGGAAAAAUAUUAUGUGCCAUAAAGUGUAGUGUUUUAAAAUGGGUUUCGGGAAAUUGUUUUUGGUGUUCGUUUUUGUGAAAUGUGUUUAUGGUCAAGAGCACGCCUGCUACGGUGCUGGUAGCGUUGCUGGUGCGGCGAUAGGUGCCUUUAUAGGAGCACUUCUUUUGGUAGCUGCGGCAUAUUAUCUGAGAAAGUUGUAUUGGAAGUCGCGCAAAGGAAAGCACCUAGUCUUCUCCACCGACCCCGAAUCCGUGAAGGAUGAGUUCGCCUUCGACAACCCCGGGUUCCGUCAAGACGAGCGCGCCUGGCAGCACGCCCCGACCUUACCCUUGAAGGGCUCCACGUUGCACGCAGAGUUCACCAAACCCGAACAAAGCAAAGAUGACGAACAUAUUCAGCGAGCCAGAAUUCGGCUAGUGAAGCUAUGGGCACGCGACUUCACGGGUCUCGGGUUCCGGUGCUCGGGCGGUGCCCGGGAUGGCGUGCGAGUGCAUUCGGUGCUGCGGAACGGCCCGGCUGCUGCUGCGAAGCUGGAACCUGGGGACAAAAUCAAAAGCAUCAAGAUAGAGUUCUCCGGAACUCCACUAGAAGACGCUGUAGCGAUCCUGUCUCUCGCCUCCCCCUACCCUGUGGAGUUGGAGGUGGUGGAGGGGGGGAGGGUGAGCGGCGCGGGGCGGGCGGUGCGGCAUCCGUUACUGAAGAGGGCUGGCUCUACUGGUGAUGUUAGCACGCUCGAGAAAGAAGGCAAGCUCCUCCACCCACCGCAGUCCCCCAACGCGUCUCACUCCAACAACUCCACGUUAGAGACCAAACAAAAGGGCAUCAAAAAGAUAAUCACAGAAAAGAUCGUCCCCACAACCCUGGAGCGAAACAAGAAGGAGAAGAAAGACCUCCCCACAACGUUAGAAAGAGAAAACGAGAAGAACAUUAAACUGAAUAAGAAUAGACAUUCAGAUGUUGCUCAGAUUACGGCUAAACCCGUCGAUUAUAAAACUGAAAAGAACAAGGUAAGGCAUUCAACUGGAGAUGUCAUUAUUCAAGCAGAAAACGGGACGGCUAAUCUAGAACACGCUGAAGUGCAAAAGAGAGAGUAUGAUCCUAAAAGAGGUAUGAAAUUCGGAAUUAGAGUAUUGCCGCCUAAUGUGCCGGAUGAUGGAGUUUUAAAACAGAAGAAUGUCGAAAAUGGCAUGGUGGCAGUUGAGAAGAAAACAGUUGAUGAACCAGAUAAACCUGAACCGCAACGGCCAGCGCCGGCUUCACAUGUUAAACUAGAAAGCGAGACAGAAGUAAAGAAACCUGUAGUUGCUAAAAGGAGAGAAAAGAUGGCACCGCCUAUUCCCAAUGCUAGGGUAAAACCAGAAGAAUUAAAUACAAGUGCUGAGUCUAAGACGUCUGAAAAUGCGCCGACUGCUUUUGCUAGAACUGAUCUUAACUCAAGUGGAAUUAAACGGGACGAAAAUGGUAUACCACAAGAACUACCUCAGCACAUGUUCGAUGCUGCCAAAGUGGCAAGAAGCAACAGGAAGAGUUCAUCAGAACUACUUUACGAAAAGGAUAAUGACAGAAAUGAACACAAGAAAGAUGAAGCUCCAAAGCCAAAUAAGAAAUCUAAAGGCAAAGCGCCUUCACCGCCUGAAGUUGAGAAAAAUAAAACAGAUGACAGCAUGAUUGAACAACUAAAAAAUGUAAAUGACUUCCUGAAGAGUGAAAAGCAAUUUUCAAGUCUAUUGCAUGAUUCCAUGACGUCUCCUAACACUACUACAACAUCAUACAAUACCUCGACACCCAAAGCAAUUAAAACCAAACCAGCACCCCAACCCAACGCUGAUGAAUCAAUUAACUUCAGCCAAGAUGACAUUGACGAUAUAGUUCACAGACCAUUCAAACGGGAGAGUGAUUCUCUCAACAAUUACUUCGAAGAUUCCAAAUCUAACCUUUCUUCUAACCAAGACGUCCACUCGGUUGUAUCUUUAAAUCAUAGCGAAAAAAGCGACAAAGGAUCGACAACUAUUGAAUUAAACAACAGUGAUGUCACGAUCCACAGUUCGCCGCUAGAUGACACUCUCAACUCUGCUUCAGACGACACUUCGAUUCUGGAUGAGAAUGAACGCAAAGCCGCCUCACUAGGUGACUUAUCGCGAUUCGAAUUGAGAGUUAAAACAAAUAUGCCAUCUACUGGUACUUUAGAGAGGGCGCAAAGCUUAGACAUAUCAGCUGAAGAUGGUGAAAUAAAUGAAACAUUGUCCCCUAAAAAGAGGAAAGCUAUGUCCGUUGUAGAAUCAACGUUCUUUGAUUCUACAGCCGAAGAUACACUACCUGAUAUGGAUCCAGAGAAAGGAGUGACAAUUAAACACAAAGAGCCUAGACUUAGCUUAAAUAUUGCUAAGACUUCUGCUAUGGAAGGGCUUAAUACAUUCCAAAGAAAUCGCUUGAAAAAGGCUUCUGAAUUUGGCAAUUUGGAGGAUGCUAUUGUCAAAGGUUCCACUAGCUCAGUAGACUCUGAGAAGACUGAACAAGAAGGUCAGAAGAAAAUUAAAAAACCCGAAUCACCUCCUCUAGUUGAGAGUGAGUCUCAUGAAACAUCAGAUCAUUUGGCAAGGAGGAUUAUUGACGAAAACAUGAAAGUGCACUUAAAACUCGUAUCAGAAUUUGCGAAAUCUACUUCAGACGGUAGCAACAUGAGCUCUUUGGAUAGCACUCAUGACAUGAGUCCUAAAAAAGAAUCGCCUGUCAAAUUUGAUGAAAAACACAUGACAUAUGAUACUAACAUUCCAGAUGAUUUGAAAGUAAGUCGUAAUACUUACGUGAACAGUUUGGAACGACCUAAAUCUGAUAUGAUGAAAAAGUUGUUAGCGAAAAAUCCAAUUUUGAAUGUACAUAUUGAUCAAAAGAAUGAAGCUGCUACAAGUAAAGAGACUCCGACACCAAUGACUGAUGCAUCUAAAUCAGCUAUCAGCCAACAUCAACCAGACAUUGUCAAUUUUAAUUUGAAAACCGCUGACCCGAAAUUAAAAGACUACGAUGAGUUCGUAAGUAACAUCAGAGUCGGAUCUAACAAUAGUAUGAAAUUCGAUAAGAAACCUCAAAUGGAAACAUUCUCAAGCGAAUGGACAGAGCCAAGAAAGAGCAAUAAUGUGGUGACAAUAACUACAGAAAAAUCCCAACCAGCUGAAGAGCAAAGAAAAUCUUAUACUAAAAGCAUAGAAAUCGGAGAAUCAAAUAUAAGAUUAAUACCAGAUAUUGUUGAAGGUAUAAAGAGAAAAACUGAAGACAAAGAUGGACGGACAUUGUACAUGGAACCAGCAAAUAUGUCACUGACAAUGACCCAGGAGCCUGUCCAGAAAACGGUGACGGUAAAUGUUGCAGAGGAUAAAUUUGGUAAUAAAGUUAUCAGACAAAACAUUGAGAAAGUAUCUACGCAAUACAUAACGGCUAAAGGAGAUGCUCCUUUGCAGGUGGAACAAGUCACUUUUGGUAUUUCUAAAAAGGGAGACUUAAAUGAAUUGGACUUGGAAGAAGGCGAUGUUGCGGACAUUGACAAGAAGAUAAUAGACGAAAUAAAAAGACAGAACCCUAACAUGCAUUUCACAAGUGAAGAACCCGCGUACACAAGAACAGAAACAAUUAUUUUAAAUACUGAACUAGACGAGGAACAAGCUAAAGCGUUGAUGGAAAAAAUAACUAACGACCCUAGCUUCAUGGCACAAAAGACACCAGAAGAAUUAUCUAAAUUGGGAAUAAGAAUAAUCAGAGAGUUAGACGAUAUGCAAGAUAAAAAAGACGAUACAGUUGAAGUGACCAAAACACGAUACACUAUCAAUCCGGUAGCCAUGUCAGAUUCGCAGAAACAAAGAUUAGAAUGUCCUCAAGAACCCGAACAAAAGAACGAUCAUAUAACAGAAAUCCAAGUCGUCACACCAAGGACAGAAAAGCAACAACAGAAAGAAAAAGAUAAAGUUUCAAGUAGACAAAGAGUACCUCCAUCCGAACCCCCACUUUCCUACGAACUGGACCCUGAAAUGCUAAACGACUUCAUCUCAAACGAACGGCACCAUUCAGCCAGACAAGAACAACGAACGAAAACGACACAAGAUGAGCCAAAGAAACGACAUUCCGACUUCGAUUUACCAAGAAACACUACCAUCAAAUUCAGAACAGCGACGUACGAAUCUCCAAAAGGAACUAUAGUUACAAGCACUGAUUUGGAGAACAGGAGAUUGUCACAACUCGACCAAAUGCAAUUAAGAUCGGCUGAAGCUGUAAAACCGGUCAUUUCAGCUAAACCAAGCAGUAUACCGGUGAAAGCAGCUGAUAAAUCUAAACCUGUAACAGUGUCUUCCAAGAUUCCUGUCUUCAUGAGUCAAAAAUCGUUAAGUCAGGAGAAUUUGACGGAUAAAACGUUCUCGGUGCCCAGUUCGCCGCCUCCUAAACUGGUAAGUAGCGGUAGUUCUGGCAACAUAUCUGUGACUUCGAUUAAGUCUAGUUCUAGAAGCCCAAGUGGUGGUAAAUACUUGUAAAAACACAUAUUAAAGACUUACAAAAGUACUGAUACAGAUUCAAUUGAGAAAUUAACUUUUAAUAGCCUUAUUUGGUGUCUCUUUAUUUUAUUUUGCAGUCUUAACAAGACGAUUAGUCAAGAACGUGUACUAAAGUUAUGAUGCCGCUAUUCAUCGUUUGUCCCUUUCUGUCGUAUUGGUAUGAUGGAAAGGGACAAACGAUGAUUAGCGGCAUCGUAACUUUAGUACACGUUUAUGAAUAAGGGGGUUAUUGUUUCGAGAAAAUCUGAAUACCUAUUUUACGAGUAAUUUAUUUACUGCACAAUGUCCUUUUCACUUUAAAUAGUUUAAUGUUUAAUGAAAUAAACCGUCAAACGAUAAUAUCUUAAUGUCUUGUUAAAUAAUACUUCGUUACUAUGUGAUACAAUCUUAUUUAAAUUGUCGUAACAUUUUGAACUGUUACCGAAAAUAAUUCCAGUAUACACUUUCACAAGCUAUUUCAUUACAUUGUCAGAAACUGUAUCAGAACUUAUGUGAGUGCAUUUAGAUAUAAGAGAAAAGUGUAAAAAUCAUCGAAAGAAUACGUAAGUGCCUUAUAUUGGGAUAAAAUUAUGAAUCUUAAUAACCUUAACAAAAUUUUAAAACAUGUGCCUUUCUAAUUUUACAUUUCUACUAAUGAUCUUAGAGUAUUUUCGGUAUUUUGUGAAUUAAAAAUAAAAAUGUUAAGAAUUAUUUUCGGUUGUGAAAGCAAUUUUAAUGUUCGUAAAAUAGUGUUAAGGACCUGUCACAAUAAAAAAUACUUUUUUAAUUCAAACACAUUCCAAGUACCUAAUAUCAAAUUAAUUGAGAUUAUAAUUUAUUAGAAGGUAUUCAAUUGUUUUGACAUUCCGUCCUCAGUUUCUACCACAAUAUUGUAAACUGUAGAUUUAUCAUUAUUUUGAAAUGUGCGAGCAUUUCAAGGCCAUUUUAUAGAAUAGUUAGCGUUAUUUAUUAUUAACAUUAUUUUUAAAUAAGGCGGCAAAUCGCCAAGGUACCUUUUUAUUCAGAAAUCGGACAUAUAUUAUUACAAAUAAUAAUGUGAAGUGACCCAAAGGAUAAAAUAUACAAAGAUUUCAUUUCUUCGUGGCAAUAGUUUAUUCAUUUUAAAAUUUGACAUUUCCAGUAGUUCAAAAUAAGUAAAUGUAUAAGUUUUGAAUUAUUUGACAAGUCUGGUCAGAAGUAAUGUCUUCCAUUUCCGAUAGAUGUCGCUACGGCCUUGAUUUGUUUUAUUUCAACAACCAAUAUAUUCUUGAGAUGUUGGAAAAGAAAUGAGAAUAAAAAUACAUAAUUAUUAUUAUGAACCUUUCAAUAAAUAAAAUGAUUAUAAGCACAAAUUAUUCCGUAAACGAAAUACUUAAAUGCGCCUACGAUAUUGGUGUAGUUAUCAUUUGAACGAGUAUCUAAAUUAUUUUUGGCACGAUAUUAGUUUUAUAAUUAAUACCACUAUUUUAGUAAUUUUAUAUAAAUCCUGACCAGACUGCGUUUAAAUAACAGUUACAAGAAAUGUAUUAUUUUGUUAUAAAGGAAUAGUUUUUUGUUGUUGGUUAAGUCUGUACGAGCGAUGUAUUUACCUACAAAUUAACAAGUUAUUAUGCGGUUAUACAAUUAGUAUUUUAUUGAUGUAUUAUAAAUGAAAUAAAGACAAUUUUAAAAUGUUA